AUGAAUCCCAUUGAGACGAGGAAGAAAGGUAAAGGCCGGAUUAAGAUAGAAAUAAAGCGCAUCGAGAAAGAAGCAAACCGGCAAGUAUGUUUCUCGAAACGCCGCCAAGGUCUUUUCAAAAAGGCUAACGAGCUAUGCACCCUCUGCGGGGCCGAAGUCGCCAUUAUCGUCUUCUCAAUCGCGGGCAAACCUUACUCCUUUGGUCAUCCCUCCGUCGACCAUGUCCUUCAGCGCUUUACCAACGUUCCUUUCACAUCUAAGGCGAGAUCUGCCGCAACAACUUCGUUUGAUCCGAUGAAUCCGAUGAACGAAGAGUUAGCUUAUUUGCGAAAGAAGUUAGAGGAGGAGAGAAAUAAGAGUAGAGCUCUGAAAGUUGCUCAGAAGGCUUUGUCGCCGGUCUCAAAUUCUUUUUGGUGGGAUAUUAACUUGAGUUUAAUGGGAAUGGAGGAGUUGAAAGAGUAUGAAAAGGUUUUGCUCGAACUCCAAGCCAUAAUUUCACAGCUAGCGCAACAAAGCUGCUGCCAUGCUCCAGAACUGGUAAUACGGCAGAUUGAUGGCUCAUCUAUGGCUGAACUAGCGCAACAAAGCUGCUGCCAUGCUCCAGAACUGGUAAUGCGGCAGAUUGAUGGCUCGUCUAUGGCUGAAGUUGGAGAAGCAAAUUAUCUUUUGUUGCAACAGCAGUGGCAAAAUUAUGAAUUAGCUUAA